AUGCUAAACGUGUUCAGAGCGAGGGCAUUGCGUGCUCCAGGCUACCUUGUCGGCAGCUGCCGCACGUUCAAGCGCCAGAUCUGGAAGCCUGAAUUUCCCAGCGACUUGCCCCCUGCGCUGCGGCAGAACGCCGCAGUGAUACGUCACGCCGCACCGGAGGUGUCUCCGCACAAGGCACUCUUCACUAUUCAUGCAUCGCAGAGGAUUUGGGAGAUUGCCAUUGAUCUUUGCGCAAAAGGUGCAGUAGACGACUUGGCUGCCAACAUCAUAUACCGAGCGCUGGCUGCUUUGGACUGCACAGACUGGAAUGAGUAUUGGCGAAGAAAGGCCGACUUUCGACAAGACUUGUUCACCGCCUGCUCGAACCUCUUUGAAGUGCAUCAUGUCCAUGAAGGUGCGGAAUGCAUCUUUGGCGUACUCAACGAAGAUAGGCUAAGGGCCAUUUCUCCUGUGAUGAAGAAGCCGAAGCGGCAGACUUUGAGGAACCUGGUGGUGGAUGUCAUCGAGGAGUGGGUGAUCUUGCACCAGCAACCCUUCAGUCGCAUCAGUGCAAGCAAGCUUUUAGACGUCGUUGGGCCUGCUGCUUUUGUCAAGCUCGUUCCCCGAUUUGGACUCAGGGUACAAGCCCUUCCUCCAGAUGAUGUGGAGGUAUUGUUCCAUUAUUUGACUGAGGAAGCCAACGACAUGUUCGGCUCGAUUCGCAUCAGCCUUUCGUUCCUCCCAGUGGAUUCGUUGCUGGACCCGUUGGGCGGAUCCAGCUGGUCACUGCGAAGAAUUCUCAAGCUCAUUGAGAGGAGGCGCAGUGAGCAUGGCUUGCGCUUCUUUUUGUCGCACCUGCAGCCAGUGGAAUUGAUGAUGCAGGCUUUGCAAGCUCUAAGAGAACGGGACCUUGAGACUGGCUUGUCUAGAGAUCCGUGGUCCUUUUCGACCAGUCUUUGCAUUGAGGCGGAUGUUCGCAACGGCAUGCCCAUGUUGCCGGAGCUUCCAUCCGUGUGGCCCAUGCAAGCUCCUCCAGCGCCGCCGAUCCCAGAGCGAGCUCCAGUGGACCAGGAUGCUGAGAUCCCAAAGAGGCAGAAGAUGUGGCUGACGGAUGGAGAGUUUAUGCCGCUGUGGCUGCAAGUGCGAAGACCCAAGCCUCUUGCUGGCUUGGCCCCACCUUCACGUUUGCGCGACUCAUCCUGGCCGGAGCUGGCUUUCGAUCCAGAAGUUGCUUUGGUGGAAGAUCGUCAGGGGCACGGCCACGGCGCCGAUGCCUACCACAUCCUUUCCGGCGACGAAGAUGCCUUGGCCCUAUGGGACAGGGAUGUGCAGAGCACGUCCAGUUCAGCGUUGCUCAAGGAGGGAUUGCCGUCGCCAGCAGCAGAGCUGCCGCUCGAUGCCAUCCACUUUGUCAACUCUGCACAAGGGCUGUCGCAUGUUUUGACAUUCUUCCAGCAGGCACCUCCUGCCUAUGUUGGCAUUGACCUGGAAUGGUCUGACCCGCAGCCAGUCUCUAUCAUCCAGAUUGCCACGCCAAGCCGCGCUUUUGUGAUCGAUUGCGUGAACAGGACGCCUUUGUACAUGGCAGUGUUGCAUUACUUGGUCGACUACCUGUUCAAGCGGGAGGCGACCACAAAGCUCUUCUUCGGCUUCCCUCAUGACUUGAUCCGUCUCAACAUGCUCUUCGGACCAUUUGGUCGCACUUUCGGAGGAAGAGACCACAUUGCCAGCGUGCUCGACCUGUACAUGCAGCGCGUUCGAAGGGUCCAGGUGAGAAAGCCACGUGCUGAGGAUACGCCUUUUGGGCGGGAGGGGCUGAUGGGGCAAGCGCUGGAGGCGGACGACUUGGAUGAGAUCAUGCGCAUCGGAGAGGAUCCUUUGCCGCCUUAUCCCUUGGAGGAGCACUCCGAGCAAGUCUUCACAGUGGGAGGUCAUCAAUCUUUGUCUCGACUCGUCGACACCUAUUUGGGGGAGACGUUGAACAAGCAGUACAGAGUCAGCAAUUGGAAUUUCCGUCCCUUGAGCUCCUUGCAGGUCAUUUAUGCAGCCACAGAUGCGCAUGUGCUCCUGCGAUUGGAAGCGGCCAUGCGAGCGCAGAAGGUGUUGCCACAACGGACGUGGGGUGUUGCCCAUAGAGUGGGGCUCUUAGUCAUAGACUCUUUAGACUCCUGGGCUGCAGAAGGCUUGAGAAUUGUCUGCGAUCUGAGGGCAGGUCCCAGCCGGCCUGGUGGCGAACAGAGUUGCAGCUGCCCCCUGAAAAGUCUCCUACGCCAUCAUAAUAUGCCAUGA